CCUAAGCCGGGGCUCGGACUUCGGGUCUCCUAGCAACAAGUGGUCGCGCGGGAGGGGCGGGCGCUGAGUCAAUACCUGCCAAGAAACUUAAGUUGUACCCCGAAAAGCCAGAAUGGAGGUAUCAGUGCCCCUACCUCAGAUAUACGUAGAAAAGACUCUGGCCAUUAUUAAACCAGACAUUGUUGACAAAGAGGAGGAGAUACAAGAUAUUAUCCUCAGAUCUGGAUUCACCAUUGUUCAGAGAAGAAAACUACAUUUCAGCCCUGAGCAAUGUAGUAACUUUUAUGUGGAACAGUAUGGAAAGAUGUUUUUCCCCAAUUUAACAGCUUACAUGAGUUCUGGACCACUUGUUGCCAUGAUAUUAGCUAGAUAUAAAGCCAUCUCUUACUGGAAAGAACUUUUGGGACCAAGUAAUAGCUUAGUAGCUAAGGAGACACACCCAGACAGUCUGAGAGCAAUUUAUGGCACAGAUGACCUACGGAAUGCACUUCAUGGGAGUAAUGACUUCGCUGCAGCAGAAAGAGAAAUUCGUUUCAUGUUUCCUGAAGUGAUUGCUGAGCCCAUUCCAAUUGGACAAUCUGCUAAGGACUAUUUAAAUUUAUAUGUGACACCAACUCUGCUUGAAGGACUCACAGAACUUUGUAAGCAAAAACCAGGAGAUCCUUUUGUGUGGUUAGCUGAUUGGCUGCUGAAAAAUAAUCCCAACAAACCUAAACUUUGUCACUAUCAAAUUACAGAAGAACCUUAUUAAAAUAUAGUGCCCAGAAGAACAAAUCACAAACUAUCUUAUUGUAAAAGGCUGUGCUUCUACUUUUUGAAAAAAUAUCACCCUAGGGCUUAAGUAACUACAAGUGAAAUAAACCAUUUCUUAAAAAUAA